AUGAUGUUACCAUUGCUACCCUAUCGAGAGAGAUGCAAUUGGAUUUUGUUGCUGCUGCUGCUGAUUCUGGGUACCUUAAACUCUUCCACAUUCUUGCAGUAGAAAUUUAAAAGACUGUGCGGGAAAUUGCAGCAGUCGAAAGUUCUGGAAAAGAAAUCUAUUGACUGUGAAUCCAUCAUGACAUUUACGAACAAUCAUCACGACAACGACGACGAUAAAGACAACCCCACUCCUCACCAUACGUCGACCCAUCCGCGUGGCAUCAACGCUUUACGUGUUCGACAGGAGCACAACCUCGUGGAAUCCUUUGGCGAGGCCUUGCUCGAUCGCGUCCGCACCCUUCGACGCUCCUCGGAGACUCGGGAAUCUUUUCAUCCGUCGACGCCGACGACUCCGGCAUCGCCCUCCACGUUGCCGUUUUUCUGGUCCUGGUCGCCACAGGAAAAGCGUUUGUUGACGUCCCUACCGAUUGCCUGGGGACACGGAGCCGCUGCGGGAUUGCUCACGCUCGUCGUCUUACGUACCGGUCCCCAUACAUUGGCACGCUUUCUACAAAAACACUACUACCGCACUCGAUCGUCCAACAAUAGCCAAAACAACACCUCCACCACGAGUCCCUUCCAAUCGUCAACGUCUACCCGAGAUCCUUUCAACCUUUCCCAGGAAUCAAAAAUGUCUCGCGCCUUGUGGUGGACCGUCGAUUUGGCCCUCAGUCUCUUGGCCGCCGCUACGGUCGUCUCGGUGCGUACCGAUCGGGACGCCGUUUACCGCACACUCGCAACCCUUCCUCUCCAACCGGGAACUUCCCACUGGUGUCACCAGCUUUGUCCCGUCGCCAUGACCACCGUCCAGCAAUUCCAGGAUGACCCCGACACGGCUCGUCUCUUAUCCCGUCCGCAUACUCCCAGUCUCGAACACAUUCUGGCCGCAACCCGACACUGUCAACAACGCACCGCCUACACCCAACGUCAAGCACGACAGUCUCCACCAACCGCACCAUCACCCACAACAUCCCCGGCCCUGGUAGCCGUCCCACCUAACGGUUUGCCACCCGGCCUCGAAUUUUUGCCUCUCACCCGCGACGACUUUGGUGACGUUUACGAUUUAACCGUCUGGACCGUACCAGAAAUCGACCAGGAAAUAGACUACGCGGUCGACGAAACAACGUGGAACGUUGAAAAUGGAUCCCGUACGAGGGGGACGUGA